AUGUUCUUAUCGGCAGAAGAGGUGAUGAUCAGCUUGGAGUCGAAUGAAAUGUCAAUCGACAAAACGGGAAGCUUGUGUCCGUACAAACUCAGGAAAAACUUGAGCGUGUCAAAGAAAAACACCUUGACGGUGUUGUCCAACAGCGAAACAGCAAGAUACUUGGAGUCUGGAGAAACCUUAACACUUAGAACGUCGUCGCUGACCUCCAAUGUUCUGCUCGUUGUUGGAUCCCGUCACCAACAGCUUGUCGUCGUCGGAAAUGUCAACAGCACGAAUAUCUUGUCUGUGUCCCAAGUUGAACAGCGAGUACUUGUCUUCGGAAAUCUUAUCAACAGGCUUGUGUUUGCGAACAACCUCAGGAAUAGGAACGGUGUGAUAAACCACGGCAUUAUUAGUCAGAGUCGUCACCACAUCAAUCUUCCGGUUGUUGGUGAUACCCCACGUACAAGAACGGACUUUGAAUCUGUCAGAAUGGAUCAUUGUGUUGAGGAGUCCAAAGACCCCGGAGUCGUUCCGUCCUGGAGACGUUUGACCAACUCUCCGGUCUUGAUAUCCCAGAUGAGAAUGUCUUCUAAACCGCCUGUGACGACCUCCCCGACAUCCGUGCACCACAAGACACCUUCAGGAGUCGGUGAGCCAUUCGUGGAACUCGUCCAUGAGCACGGGCCACGACUGCAUUUCGUCGUAGUUGGACAGUUUAGGAUCUUCGUGGUAUGUUUUAAGGAAAGGAUACAGCAUGUUCCAUUGGUCUUUGGUGAUUCCCUUGUGGUCUUUGAUUUCAAGGAACUUGAUAAAAGUGUCGAGUUCUUUCUUGUACUCUUCAGGGAUCAUGAGGUUCCAGUACUCGAUCGCAGACUCGGUUGGAACGUUUCUUUGGUUCUUUUCCAGAAUGAAUUUGUAAGUGAAUUGGUACACUUUCUUGAAAUCCCCACCGAUGGUGACUCUAGAAACUCGGCCAAGGCAAGAAUCACUAAAUCCUCCGGCUCGUAUCCCAGGUCGGCAAUAUACCGCACGGUUCCAUCAAUUCCAAUAUACGGUUUCCCCAACACAUCCAAACUGUCCUCCUUGUACUUAUUAAACACACUCUUGACCUUGCUGUCAACCUUGAUCUUUGCGUUUUCCUUCACCUUUUUAAAACCCUCAGCCAACUCUGGACGGGUGAAAAAGUCGUUGAUCGCGUACGUCACGUUCUGCUGGUUUCUUCCCAGAAAGAACGACGCCAUGUCCUCAGACUCGAUAAAUUAUUUUGUUUAUUUAUUUAUCAUGUCUUUGUCUUUAGAUGCCCAGAACUUCUUUGAAGUUUUCGCUUCUAACGCAGUGAGUUUUGUUCCGCACGAGCAGGACGAUCCGUCUUCGAACGUUUCGUUGGUGCUGGACUGGAUUGGCGAGUUUCUGAGCGUUCAAUCGUCGGAUCCUGUUGAACCACCGCUGAGGAUCAGAAAUGCCCUUAAAAACGUUGGGGCCGGCAACGAGCAUCUUUUUGAUGGAUUCUUGAGACUUGUGAGAUCGAUAUUAAACAAACAAGGCCGGGAGAUUGCAAAGACUAUCGACUCGUCUCCAGAGCCGGUCUCGGGUCUGCCCCAUUUGUUUGAGUGGAUCGUCUCUACAAACCAGAAAACGCUCUAUUGCACAUCGCUGAUCAACCUGGUGUCCGACCAGAUCAAACUCGUCACACGCUGCUCAAACGCCGUGUUUCGCAAAACAGCGUUGGACCCUUCAGUCUGGCGAAACGUACAGACUUGGUACAGAGACGGUCUGUUUGGUAAAUCGAGCCCGAUCCGCCGCGAAGACUUAAUCCAGACCACACAGAUCCUCAACAGAAUAUACCUCGGGGACGAGAUGAGCCAGUUGGUGACAGAACUGUUCAAGUGCGAAAUCAAGUCACACAUCGGAACGCAAUGCUCUUUGGUCUGGAACAAGCCGCUCCUGACAGAUCUGUCUCAUUACACACACCAGAUUCUCACUCCAAAAUUUGUUGAUCUUCUUCCACCCUCAGACGCCGACUGUCUGACAGAGCUAGUGAAGAACGAGCUGGUUAGACUUAGAAUCAAAGAGAUCUUUGAUAUCGUGGUUGACUAUCCCGACUCGACUUUUGCAUUACAAGAGCUACGCGAGUGCAUGACAACAGCCAGCCAGCAGACACAGCUCGUCAACACAUUCAUCCAUCUUGCUGAGAAACGGCUGCUCCAUGCCGGCGUGAGCACCAUCGACAUCAUCAAAUGCUACAUAUCGACUAUCCGUUCAUUCCUAAUCAUUGACCAUCGCGGUGUUCUUCUGGACAAGGUUUGCAGACCAAUUCGGUCUUAUCUGAAAGAGAGAGAAGACACUAUUGAGAGAAUAGUGUUUGCAUUACUAGACACAUCGUCCGAGAACAAGUUGAUCGAGCUUGCCAUUGAAUUGCGACAGUCAGGCACCAAACGACAACUCACGCACGAAUUGGAAAGAGAUCUCAACUGGACGCCCGAUCCGGUGGACGCGUUACCCGAUUUCCGUAAAGGGGUUGUUGAGGACGUUGUUGAGUCGCUGAUCUCCAUCUUUGACACCAAGGAUGUGUUUAUGAGCGAGCUGACCAAGGUUUUCUCAGAGCAACUGCUAAAGAUCACCAAUUACGAUGUGCGGGAGGUUUACACGAAACUACAGCUACUUAAGUCGAGAUUUGGCAACUCAGAGUUUGGGUCAUUGGACGUGAUGAUGAAGGAUAUCAUACUGAGUCGCAAGCUGGACAAGGCAAUCAGUUCUGCACACGUCCACUCCUCGAUCAUUUCGCAUCUUUACUGGCCCGAGCUGCCGAAACAGGAGUUCAAGCUUCCUGAAAGCAUACAGCAAAGCCUGAAGAACUAUGAGGCGCAAUACAGAAACCACAAGAAGGGCCGCAAGCUCGACAUUUUUCCUGCGCUCAGCACAGUGGAUAUGGACGUAGAGAUUGGCGGUACUACAACGAACUUCAAAGUUUCUGCCGAUAAAGCAUCUAUUCUCUAUUCAUUUUUGGAUAUGCCGCCAGGGAGCGAAGUGAAACUGGCUAUUAUUUGCAUGAAGCUGCAGAUGCCGCUGAAAUUGGCCAACGACGGGUUGGCGUUCUGGGUGAAGAACGGGGUGCUAUUAGGAGUGGAGAACCGUUCGUUCAAUGCCUCAUCCAGCAGGUGUCUGAGUUUUGUAAUUAGAACACCGUUUUUGCACCAUGUUCGAAUUGGCAGCCAGCCUCCCAUCACUACUCCAGGAGACGAGUUACCCGAGGAGCUUGUGGUAAGGUCGUAUGUGAGGGAGCCACCAAACAGGAGGACGGCAAUGAUAGAGACUGGAGUGACGUCUCUAAGGUACAGUUUAGUGGUUGUUUGGGAAGCACCGUAUGCGACAAAGUGCGAAGACAGGUUGUUGGACUCGCUAGCUGUGAACACAACGUUUCCGUUCUCGUCCUCCACGAGCGGUUCCUGGACAUUGGAGCUCGAGUUCUUGAUAUGGAACAAGGUCGAUGACGGGUGCAGGAACGCUCUGGUUGCCGGAAGCUGGUCCUGGUGGUUUCCCUUGACGAACUGUUCGUUUCUGAUCCAGAACUUGAUGUUUUUUGCGUCUGGGUCCAGCGAAAUGGAUCCAGAAACGCUGGAGAUGUACUUUGGAUCGGGAUACUGCACUCUGGCGAUCUGCGGGUACGAGGACGAGCACACCAGGGCGGUGAUGAUCUGGUAA